UUUGCCUGUUGGUCUAAAAACCUAUUUUUGUCAAAUCAGUAAAUAAUUUUGCUCUCUGAACAUACUGCAUAAAAUAUAAAUAUAUUAUUCCCCUUUCUGUUUUUAUUUACUAAUCAACAUGAUAUUGUUCUCAUUAAGUUCUUGACCAAGACAAAAAAAACCAAAAAACACACGCAAAAACAAACUAAAAUUCUAGAGUGAAAUAGGAAAAAAAAACAAAUUUUCUCCUAUUGUGUGUCACUGUUUGCUGAGUGAAGAAUUGCAGAUUUUGUGACUUUUUUUUUUUUUUUCGCAUUUGGACCCUAAAAUACAUGUCAUUCAGCCAAGGGAACUAUUAUUACCAGGUAUCCAGGAUGAACAUUGACGAUUAUUUCAGUGAUAAAAACAAACAUAUUCAAUUACCAUGGGAAGAUACAUGGGGCAUGACUGUGAGUUCUGGUUCUGUGACGCUCCAGAAAGAUGCCCAGAAUCUCAUUGGAAUCAGUAUUGGUGGAGGUGCACCUCUCUGUCCCUGUCUCUAUGUGGUCCAAGUGUUUGACAACACUCCUGCAGCAAAGGAUGGCCAGUUAGCGUCGGGUGAUGAAAUUGUUGGCGUCAAUGGACAGACUGUUAAAGGGAAAACCAAAGUUGAAGUUGCCAAAAUGAUUCAGGCCAUCAAGCAAACAAAUUUCAAUGUGGAGAGGACUCCUUUGCAUCUCGGGCCCGGGCUCAACAGCCAGGGAGAAGUCACUGUUCAUUUCAAUAAACUUCAUGCUGACCCAAAACAAGGGAAAUCAUUGGACAUAGUAUUGAAAAAAGUCAAGCAUCGAUUUGUGGAAAAUAUGAACUCCAACACAGCAGAUGCUUUAGGGUUAAGUCGAGCCAUCUUAUGCAAUGAUGGACUUGUUAAGAAACUGGAAGAGCUUGAAAAAACUGCUGAGAUGUACUGUGGCUUGAUUGAACAUGCUAAAAGGCUAUUGAAAGCAACAUUCGAACUAUCUCAGUCAUAUAAAACUUUUGGAGACGUCUUCGUUGGCAUUGGAGUGAGGGAGCCUCAGCCCAGAGCCAGCGAGGCAUUUUCAAAAUUUGGUGAAGCUCACCGUGACAUGGAGAAGUUUGCAAUAAAAAUGAUACGAACAGUCAAACCUAUGAUUUGUGACUUACACACAUUUCUCAACAAGGCAGUACCAGAUACUCGUCUUACAAUCAAGAAGUAUCUAGACUCUAAAUUUGAAUAUUUGUCAUACUGUCUUAAGCUGAAAGAAAUGGAUGAUGAAGAAUACAGUUAUGCUGCUCUUCAAGAACCACUUUACCGUGUUGAAACUGGCAAUUAUGAAUAUAGAUUGAUCCUGAGAUGUCGCCAAGAUGCUAGGACACGUUUUGCUAAAAUGCGCUCAGAUGUGUUGGUCAAGAUAGAAUUACUGGAUCAGAAACAUGUGCAAGACAUUGUAUUUCAACUGCAGCGAUUUGUAUCAGCCAUGUCUAAAUACCACAGUGACUGCCAUUCAGUAAUGAAAGAAGCUGUAGUUUUCCCUAUUGAAGUUGAUUUAUCUCGCAGCACUCUCACAUAUGACCAUUCCAAUGACUUUAACGAUGACGAUGGAGAUGAAAUUGAAGAAGGUGAAGAAGCAAUGGCAGAUAGAUUGAACACUGAGCCUGUUGACAACGAUACUGGCCUAAUUGACCUCAUGACUGCUGACUAAUCAGCAAAUUUUUCCAUGUAUCUUUUAAAAAAUUUUAAUAUAUUAUGAAGGCCUAAUUUCUGUAAUUUUUAGUUGUUAUUGUUGUACAUAUUUAUACAACAAAACGGAAGUUAACUCAGUAUGAAUUUAAUAUUUAAGUAUUUGUAUUGUUUGUGUCCAAAAUGACACUAAGAUUUUGUGAUAUUAUUUCUUUGUUGAGAUACUAUUUCUUUGUUGAGGUUUAUAUGAAUCAUUAAAGAAAAAAUAAAUGUUUGAAAAAUAUUAUUUAAAA